AGAAUUAGCAUGUUGCUAACAUGUUUUAAGUACGCAUUACUAGCAUGAAUUAGCAUGUUAACAUGUUUUAGCAUUUUACUAGCAUGAAUUAGCACGUUACUAGCAUGAAUUAGCAUGUAAACAUGUUUAAGCAUAUUGCUUGCAUGAAUUAGCAUGUUGCGAACAUGUUUUAACACAUUGUCAGCAUGAAUUAGCAUGUUAACGUGUUUUAACAUUUUAUUAGCAUGAAUUAGCAUGUUAACAUGAAUUAGGAUGUUAGCAUGUUUAAGCAUGUUGCUAGCAUGAAUUAGCUUGUUAACAUGUUGCUAGCAUGAAUUAGCACAUUGUCAGCAUGAAUUAACAUGUUACUAACAUGUUUUAAGUAACACAUUAUUAGCAUGAAUUAGCAUGUUAACAUGUUUUAGCAUUUUAAUAGCAUGUUGUUGGCACGUUUUAACACAUUGCUGACAUGAAUAUGCACAGCAUGAAUUAGCAUGUUAACAUGUUUUAGCAUGUUGCUAGCAUGAAUUAGCAUGUUGCCGUCAUGUUUUAACACAUUGUUAGCAUAAAUUAACGGAUUGGCAUGUUGUUAGCACGUUUUAACACAUUGCUAACAUGAAUAUGCACAGCAUGAAUUAGCAUGUUAACAUGUUUUAGCAUGUUGCUAGCAUGAAUUAACGUGCGUUCUACAGCCUGGAUGGACGAAUGAGUGUGUCUCCAUGCUCUUUAGUGACUGUGCAAAAGAGUUUCAGCCACUGCAUGUUUUCCUCAUCAUCACUCCUGACGCUUUACACUGACUGGAGAUCAGCUGUUGAAUCCUGUGUGUUGCAGUUCUCCAGCUGCCUCCAGGGUCCCGCCGGCCCCCCGGGAAGAGAUGGGAAUCCGGGAGUGAACGGGAUCCCAGGCACUCCGGGUGUCCCGGGGCGAGAAGGGGCGAGAGGACAGAAGGGGGAGUGUGUGACGGAGCGCUUCGAGGAGCCCUGGAGACCCAACUAUAAGCAGUGCGCCUGGAACGCGCUCAACUACGGCAUCGACCUGGGGAAAAUCACAGAGUGCACGUUCACUAAGCAGCAAGUGUCCAGCUCUCUCCGUGUGUUGUUCAGUGGUUCGCUCAGGCUCAAGUGUAAGGCGGCGUGUUGCCAGCGCUGGUACUUCACCUUCAACGGGGCCGAAUGUGCGUCUCCAUUACCUGUGGAGUCCAUCAUUUACCUGGAUCAGGGAAGCCCAGAGUUCAACAACACCAUCAACAUCCACAGAACCUCAUCAGUGGAAGGUGUGUGUGGAGGAGUGGGGAAAGGCCUGGUGGAUGUGGCGGUGUGGGUCGGAACAUGUGGAGAUUAUCCUCACGGAGACGCUUCUACCGGCUGGAACUCGGUGUCUCGAGUGAUCAUAGAAGAGCUUCCAUGAGCGUCUGAAACUCUUCCUCAUCAUCAUCAUCAGCAAUACUGCGUCUUCUGUCCGUCCAGUCCGUUUCCAAACUGUUUCUCACAUAAUCUCAAUGACAUCCAACCAAACGGCACACUCUGAAAAAAGCCGUUGGGUUAAAAAUGUAAAAAUGUUAAAUACAAAUUUUUAACCCAAUGGUUUGGUGUGUCCAUAUUUGACCCAAAUGUGGGUUGAAACACUCUACUGACCGACUGUGGCUUCCUGUGAAAACACGGUGCAACAUGGUUUGAUAUUUUGUUGGAUAAUUGCAGUGACAUUCUCCAGCCCUCGGCACAGUCACACGCCUCGGCCUCGUUUAUCAGACGUCGCAUUGAAAAUCAAUUCCCAAAUGUGUGUACACGUGAUUCACAGAACGAUACGGACAAAAAAAACAUCUUCCAGAUGUCAAAUCUAUAAACUGCAAAUGAUCUUCUUGAAAUGACAGUGCGCACCUGAAGUGUUUCCAAUCUAAUUAAUGUCAUUAACGUUUAAAAAAUACACUAAUCGACGUCCGAUUGCUUUACCUGAACUAGAGGUUUAAUAAAUGAGGCCCAGAUCCUUCAAUCCAACUGAUGCACAAGUCUCGUAUUGAACAGUUUGAGUCUGGACAGGCACUGCAAAAACUAUGGAUCACUUUUUAAAUGUCAAUAAAAUUUUUCAAGAAUUCCUAA